AUGACGAGUCGAGAUGGCGACGCCGCGCCCGCUGCAUCUCCCCAACAGCGUCGCUUUCCCUUGAACCCUCCAGGUCGUCUUGCGACUCCAACGACAGUAUCGCGCGAGGAGCGACGACGCACCAACUUUUCGCGGCCGAGGCGUGCGAACCCCGACCACCCCAAUCACCGCGCGCGAGCUCCCAACGAGCUGCCUUCCGAUGCGCGCCAAAACGAAGGCCUAUAUCGCUCUACGACACCAGACACGUUCGACGUGAACCACCAGUGGGAUUCCCCGGCACAAUUCAUGCCCUCGCACUCGCACGAUGCGACGCGCGCCGAAGCUUCGACAUCAAACCCGACCGACCAACCUAGUGGCGAUAGGAAGGGCGUCGAGGCCGGCGCGCCGCCAAACUAUGCUAACAGACUAUCAUGGCCGUUCAGAAACAGUGACAGGAGACAUGGAGAUCCGAAGGGCGACGGCAAAUCAAGCUUUCGGCUUGACAACUAUCGGGCAUGGGUCAACCGGCAGAGAAAGAGGGCCAAAGGGCCAGGGGUCAGGUUGAACGAGGCCUGGAACAGUUACUAUCAGAAAUGGAUCAUUGAGGGCUUGUUGCGACAGAGGCCACUACCUCCGACCAGAAAUGGUAGACACAUACCCUUGAGUAGUGGAGCGGUCCGUACGUCGCCGCUUAGCGAUGAACGGAGCGAGAAGCACUACGUCUCAAAUUUCAUUCGGUCCAGCCGAUAUACUCUCUGGUCCUUCCUGCCGAAACAGCUUUACUUCCAGUUCAGCAAGCUGGCCAACUUUUACUUUCUGAUUAUUGGUAUACUGCAGCAGAUUCCGGGCUUCAGUACAACGGGCAGGUACACUACCAUCGUGCCGGUUGCCAUUUUUGUAGCUAUAAGUAUGACGAAAGAAGGUUUUGACGACUUCAGAAGAUUUCAACUGGACAAGGCAGAGAACAGAGCCCCGGUUUUCGUGCUAGACCCCGAGAGGACUGUCGACGAAGCAUCGAAGAAGAAAUCAACAGGCAAGACUGAGAAACACAGUAAGAAAAGGAAAGAUCCACUUACGGAGCCUGACAUGACCGAGUUGCAAGACGUUGGACGACAACAAAUAGACUCCGAGCAAUGGUCCCAGAUUCAAUGGCAGAAUCUCAGGGUUGGCGACAUUAUCCAACUACGAAGAGACGGCAAUGUGCCGGCUGACGUUGUGCUUCUGCACGCAACAGGCCCCAACGGAGUUGCCUAUAUCGACACCAUGGCGCUCGAUGGCGAGACAAACUUGAAGAGCAAACAAGCCUGCCCUCUGCUGGCGAAGCGAUGCGACACAAUGGCGAAGCUGAAGAACUGCAAAGCCGAGGUUGUGUCCGAGGACCCCAACCCUGACCUCUACAACUACGAGGGGAGAGUUGCUGUGGACGGAGAGACGAUGCCCCUGACGUUGAACAAUGUGUGUUUCCGUGGCUCUACCCUGCGAAACACUGACCAGGCACUCGGACUGGUCAUAAACACGGGCGAGGAAUGCAAAAUACGCAUGAACGCAAACAAGCAUGUGCAUACGAAAGCACCCAAGAUUCAGGAACUUCUCAACCGCAUCGUCAUACUCCUCGUGUUCUGCGUGCUCGCGUUGACCUUUGGUUGCUUUGGCGGCUAUCUAUUGUGGCGAGACUCUUACGAGAGGAGAGCACCAUAUCUCGAUGGCGCUGCAGUACCGCUCGCCGAGAUCUGGUUUGGUAAUAUCAUUCUCUUCAAUACGCUCAUCCCACUAUCUUUAUACGUCAGUCUGGAGAUCAUUAAGGUGGGUCAAUUCUUCAUGUUGGAUGAUAUCGAAAUGUACGAUCCGGAGACAGACACGCCCAUGGUGGCCAACACGACGACGAUCCUUGAGAAUCUUGGCCAGGUCAGCUAUAUAUUCUCUGACAAAACCGGCACAUUGACCGAGAACAAGAUGCAGUUCAGGAAGCUCAGUGUUGCUGGCACAGCGUGGCUACACGAUAUGGACAUCACGCGUGAUGAGGAGGAAAAGAGGUUGCGCACCCUCAACGGAGACAUCAGAGGCAAGAACGAGCGGCAACAGAACGCCGGCGUUAAUACGAUCCCAGAGGAUCGCGAGACCAUCAACGUUCCGUUGAUCGAAACCCGGCGUCCGGUCAAGGCGGUGUCGAGGUCGAAUUCGACCUGGACCUCCACAGCGCGAACGAUGCAUGGCCAGCCGGAGUUGAAAACGGAAGAGCUGCUCAAGUAUAUACGACAGAGACCCAACAGUGCCUUCUCAAAGAAGGCUCGGCAGUUUCUUCUUUGCAUGGCCUUGUGUCACACGUGUUUGCCAGAGAUACAGGACAGUGGGAAAAUCACAUUUCAGGCUGCCUCGCCGGACGAACUGGCUCUGGUACAAGCUGCCCAAGACUUAGGCUACCUCUUGGUUGACCGCCCGGCACAAUCAAUCAAGCUCCAACUCCCAAAUUUGGAUGGCGAGAUCAUCACAGAGACGUACGAAGUGCUCGACGUUAUCGAGUUCAGCAGCAAGCGGAAGCGCAUGUCAAUCAUCAUUCGCAUGCCAGAUGGCCGCAUAUGCGUAUUCUGCAAAGGCGCCGAUGAUGUUAUUCUUGCCCGACUGAGGCUGUCGCACCUUGCCUCACAGAAGGCAGCCGAUGUUGAACGCAGAGCCAGCCAUCGCAGGAGCAUGGAGGCCGAGAGAGCUUGGCACCGUCGCAGCUUAACACCAGAACCUCGGAACAGUAUGACAAAACGCAACAGUUACUUCCGCAGAACCAGCGCCCGAAACUCUCAGGACUUACACCGGCGCUCACUCAUGCCUAACGACAUGGACACUUGGCUCACGACGCGUGAUACCGAGGCUCCUGACUAUACGACACCCAAUGGCGAGAUGCAUGCCACGCCUCGGGAGUCAGCGGCCUUGUCGCCUCCUUGGGCCGUUGGUACCGACGAUGCCUACGGCGGCAUCGUAGACGAAUCGAUCGCUGCGAGCGACGGCGCAAUCUUUGAGCGAUGCUCUCAACAUAUUGGUGAAUUUGCAUCGGAAGGGCUCCGUACGCUCCUCUUUGCGUACCGUUACAUCAGCGACGAGGAGUAUGACUCGUGGAAGACUGUAUAUCGAGCCGCGACCACAAGUCUUGUUGACAGGCAGAAUCGCAUCGAAGAAGCAGCCGAGUCCAUCGAGCAAGGCUUUGACCUCGCCGGCGCCUCCGCCAUCGAGGAUAAGCUCCAAGCGGGAGUCCCCGAGACAAUCGACAAGCUUCGCCGGGCCAACAUCAAGGUAUGGAUGCUCACUGGCGAUAAGCGGGAGACCGCGAUCAACAUUGCCCAUUCUGCGAGGUUGGCGAAGCCCUUCUCCGAGGUGUUCAUUCUUGACUCUACUGUUGAUGAUAUUCAGGAGAAGAUAAAAUCGACCCUCAUCGAAGUUGGGCAUGGCAUGAUCGCGCAUUCGGUUCUUGUCGUUGACGGUCAAACCCUUGGCGUCAUCGAAGCGGACGAAUCACUCAACGUCAUGUUUUCCGACCUUGCCGUUCGGAUGGACUCCGUCAUCUGCUGCCGAGCCUCUCCUUCCCAAAAAGCCAGUCUGGUCAAGUCCAUCCGCGACACGGUCCCAUCGUCGCUCACACUCGCGAUAGGCGAUGGCGCAAACGAUAUAGCCAUGAUUCAGGCGUCCCACGUCGGCAUUGGAAUCUCUGGCCACGAGGGCCUGCAGGCGGCGCGAGUGGCGGACUAUUCGAUUGCUCAGUUUCGAUUCCUGCAGCGCCUUCUGCUGGUUCAUGGACGAUGGAUGUACGUGCGGACGUCUAAAUACAUCCUAGCGACCUUCUGGAAGGAAAUGCUGUUCUACUUGGUACAAGCACAGUACCAGCAUUGGAAUGGCUACACCGGCACGUCCUUGUACGAGUCUUGGUCGUUGACGGUAUUCAAUGUCCUCUUCACAUCUUUGCCGGUGAUCUUACUCGGCAUGUUCGAGAAGGAUUUGAAAGCACAGACCUUACUCGCCGUACCAGAGCUGUAUACUUACGGCCAACGAAGCGAAGGCUUCAACUUCAAGAAGUACCUUGGAUGGGCUUUCAUGGGGGCCGUUGAUACCGUCGUUAUCUAUAUGAUACUCUGGGGUGCCUUCAAAGAUGUGCUCUUCACCGAGGACAACUCUCUGUUCCCAUUUGGAGAUAUGGCUUUCACCGUGUGCGUCGUUAUCAUCAACGUCAAGAUUCUCGUCUUGGAGAUGCACGACAAGUCCAUCGUCCCUUUCAUCGGCUUCGUUCUGUCAAUAGCUCUCUGGUUCUUCUGGAAUAUGCUACUCGGCGCUAUAAAGACAGCGAAUAUCGGGCCAUACAUCGUCCACCGCUCCUUCCUCCACGAAUUCGGCAACAAACUGAGCUGGUGGGCAUCAGUUGGUGCCGCGCUGGGGGCCGUCGUGGCAAUCGAGCUCGGCGUCACAGCGCUGCAACGCAUAUACUUCCCCACGGAUCAGGACCUAUGGCAGGAAAUUGAGAAGAAAGGAGGUGUCGAGGACGCUAUGCGAGAACAAGCUGCGGAAGAGGGACGAGCUUCUGCGCUGGAGGCACCCGCGGGCAAGGCGCCGGAUGAGGAGUCUGAACCACGACUCAGCGCUCGUCUUAGCGAGGACUCGCUUGGCAAGCCGUAUGAUCCCUAUUUAUCUCCUGGUGCUUCACAGCAAAGGGGUCAGCAGCCUGCGGCGCAUAAUCGUGCGGAUGGACCCGCUUCUGGGGAUGGAGGUUGGAUAUAG